UGUGUGUUGAAGUAAGAGGCCAUAAAAACUUGAAAAAAAGAGGAAGAACAUUCCAACAUAACCUAUUAUAUAAAAAUGUCAAAAUGUCACAACAAAUAAAAUAAAAACCAGAAUAUUGUGUAAAAAUUGAUAUUAAUGCAACAAAAUUGCUAAAAAAAUGCACCCAGGAAUCAUCCAAAGUGACAGCGACAUUCCUCACGAACUGUGCGUGAAACCUCUAGCUCUAGUAGGAGUAACGGGCUUAGAUAUCAUCAACAACGCUGUACACAAGUCGAUAUGGGAGACUUUCAGCAGCAACAGACGCAUAGAACGGGCCCCCGUGCUGUUCAAAUUAGUAGGUAACGUCCAAGAGUUUCCGAUCAUGAAACCGAAAAGGACUUCUUACGAUUGGUACAUACCAAAAGGGAUUUUAAAGAAAAACUGGAUCAACAAACAUUUGUACGAAAUACCAGCUGUUAUCGUGGUAUUCUAUGAUUUAGAUUGGAAUGACUCGUCAUGGAGUGAAAAAAUGAUCGAGUGUGCUUCUAGGGUGCAGUCUAUGAGGGCAGCGCUAGAGGGAAGGGGCACCAGAAUAACGAUAGUACUGAUACAAAAUUCGCCCCCUCAACCACCAGGUGAAGACGCUUUAUCUUCAGAACGUGCUAUCGCUCUCUGUUCUAGUUGUGAGAUAAAUUCACAAUCUCUCUUUGUUCUGCCACACGGGGAUCACUUGCAGGGCUACGCAGUGAGGCUGGAGAAUGCUUUUUAUGAAUAUGCUCAAACUUACUAUCAUAACGAAGCUAAACAUGUCAAAUCUCAUAAAGAGCAUUUGAAUAAGAAUUCGCAUCAAUAUCUGUUUGUUAGGCAUCAGUUUAAGAUGGGGUUUUUAAAUGAAUUGAAGCAGGAUGCACAUACGGCUCACAAACACUACACACACGCUUACAACAGCCUCCUGGAAAUACGAAUAGUCGAUACGAACGCAUUAGAAAUCAGAACCCUAGCCGGUUUCGUCAAUUACAAAUUAUGCCGGUUAUUGUUCGCUUUAAACUUACCGCGAGACGCCAUUUCUCAAUUCAAAUCGCACGUCGACCGAUUCAAAGCCAGAAUGGGUUUCCAUGAACUGACGUUCGAGCAUUACGCUUGGCUAUCCAAACAGUAUUCCGUUUUCGGUGACAUUUUCGAUGAGGCUGUCAAAUUGGGUCUUCCAGCCGUACAGACUCAACAUCCGGGCAUAUAUUACCAGCAAGCGGCUCAGUAUAGCAUACAGAGAAAGAAAUUCUCUCAAGAACUUUGUUCGAAUAUAAUAGCGUAUCCUCAGCCUGAUCCGUUACAAGGCGCCAACCAUAUGGAAUUUUACGGCCAGAGGCCGUGGAGACCUGGGAAAUUAUCUGCCGAACCUCCGGAUCCGCAUUUGGAAUCUAACGGCAUUCAAGCGUUGCAGUUCUUGGAAAAACAAAUCAAUCAUUCCAACUUGAUAAUAGCCCUAUACGGCUUAGCCAUCUCUCAGUACAAAACCUACAGGUGUCCUAGGACUAGGCGACACCUAGUUUUGCAGAUGGCGGAUGAAUAUUACGAUUCUAGGGACUAUGGAAAAGCUUUGACUUUGUAUACUCACAUGUUGCUGGAUUUCCGCAACGAAAAAUGGUGGGACAUACUGUCUACUGUUCUAGAAAAAGCAAUACUGUGCGCUUAUCUUACAGCCAACGUUCAGGACUACGUGGGCUUGGCUGUAGAGAUAUUGGGGGCCAAUAUCAAUACGCCUUUGAACGAAAAACGUCGUAUAUACGAGAAUUUAAUGCGAUUAUUGAAGAAACAAAUACCUUUCGGCGAUCCCAAAAUACCGCAAGACAUCCUCCAAAACGCCAUAAUUUUGUGGCAACCGGUGUUUUCGGAAAAAUCGUUCAACAUCGCCUUAGACAUGACCAAUAUCACGGCAAGCGUUUCAGUUAAAGCCAGAUUCAUGAAGAAAACGUACGAAGUAGAUCAGAACGUCAUUGUAGAAAUAUUCGUCCGAUCUACUUGUCCGUUUCCUCUAACCUUUUCGAAAAUAUCGGUGACCGUCAAUGCUCAAAAUCAAAAUUCUGAAUACACGGUUACGGAUUCUGCAGACGUUUCUUUUAAUUUUCAUAAAGACGAGGUCAAGAGGUACGUCGUAGAAUUUAUAGCUGACUGUAACGACAUAAAUAAAGACAUUCAGAUCAAUUCCGUUAACGUAUUCUUAGGCAACUCGCCGGAGUGUUGUUUGGAUCUAAAAUAUCCCGCGUCAGUGGAAUCGAACGGAAACAAUAUCGAAUUAUAUCAUUUUAAACAUAACGCCGACAAAUUGGACUUUGAUAACGUACAAGCGCUGUCUCAAGCCACCGUCGUUCCGAGAGAAUCCAAAUUGAGAGUCGAUUUUCUUCAUCAAAUCCCGGCUUUACUGGGCGAAUGGUACGAAAUAAAAGUGGUCGUUACCAACGAAGAGUUGUAUGAGAUCGUCGAUUUGAAAAUCGAGGCGUGGAUCGAGGAGGAAAUUGCAAAUGUCGAACUGUCCCUUCAACCAUCCGACAAACACAAGAAGCUGAAUUUGGUGUUAAACAACCCCUCCCAUUUGAAGCCCACCGACCAAAUCUCCACCGAUUUCUUUGUACGAUCGAAUUUGAUAUGCAAAUGUAACAUCCAAGUCAAAUUGACGUACACCCUCAGCGGCGAGAAGCAGAUCUUGAGCAUCAAAUCCGAAAAACUCGCUUUGGCUGUAGUAGAACCUUUCGAAGUGUCGACUAAAUAUUUGUCGACUUUGAUGGCGGAAAUCGAAAAAUUUUACAUCGGCGAAGAAUUCGGCGUUAUGAAUUACAUUAAAUUUACGUCGCCGUGGCUGAUUAUUGUCGAAGAUACGUCGUUCGAUUACAUACAUCCCGUAAGUCCUGCCGAAGAAAAUCGUUCCAGUCAGAUAUCCGGCAAAACGUUCAACAACGAAGAAAUUGGUGCCGAGUUGCAUUUAGCCACGUGCAACAAACCCAACGAUGACUUCGUCAACGUCGGGCACUACACGAUUCGGUGGAAAAGGGAAAACGGACACAGCACUACGACUACUCUGGCCGUUACGGGCCUUCCUUGCGAUUGGGUCGCGGUGGGUUUGAAGAUGUUCGCUCCGGCUCACGGUUACGUUAGAACGUCGAUGGUGAUCGAGUACCACGUGGAGAAUAGAUCGCACGAAUUGGUCCGGUUGGAAUUAUCGAUGGACGCGAGCGAGGCUUUCAUGUUUUCGGGCAGCAAACAGUUUUCAGUGUCCCUUUUGCCGCAAUCGACGCGGAUUUUGCAAUACAAUUUGAAUCCGCUGAUAGCGGGUAGCGUGGCUUUACCGAAAUUUAGCAUGACCAUAUCGGAGAAUACGGAAAAUGGACCGCCGGUUGUAAGUCAAGACCAACUGAAUCUGCUGACGGGUCGAACGUUGCCCACACACGUUUACGUGAUGCCGCAAAUGAAAGGCGAAGCUAAACUUCCGGAUAGUAUUCCUUCUCCCGAGAAUGUAGCUGUGAUUGGUUGAUGUUCUCUAGGGACGUCUUUUAAGCAUGUUUUCCUGUUAAUAAUAACUUUUAAGUCUGAAUUAAAAGUAAAGGCUUGUAAUAUAUUUUUUAUUGUAAAGAGAUGAGAGAUUUUUUUGAUAGUAUAAUAAUAAAUGUUACGCAAUUG